GCUCCCUUCCCUUCCCCGCCCGUCCCCCUCCCCUCUCCCCCUCCUCCUCCUCCGCUCAGCGCGAGACACCAACAUGGAGCCCGAGGACCUGCCAUGGCCCGGCGAGCUGGAGGAGGAGGAGGAGGAGGAGGAGGCGGCGGCGGCGGCGAAGGCCACGAACUCGGAUGCAGCCGAGGCGGUGGGGGAGGUGGGGGAGGAAGCGGGGAAGUUGGACUCCGACUUUAACUACGGGUACCACCAUCUGGAGAGUACCGACGACGACGACGAGGACGAGGAGGCCAAGGCCUGGCUGCAGGCGCACCCGGGGGGGCCUUUGCCCCCGCCGUCGCCCUCCGCGAAGUACGGCUACUCGGAGGGUGAGCAGCCCUCUCCGGGGAAGGUUGUUCCAUUGAACUGUUAUGUAUGGCAACAGUCAUUUCAUCAAGGCAGUAGUAGAACACAGAUUACUAAUACAAAUGCGCCAGAAACAACAGCUCAGUGGGGUUCUGGGGAUGAUCAGAGAAUAGAAUCUUGGCAUUGUCUUCCUCAAGAAAUGGACUCUUCCCUAACUUUGGCUACACCUCAGACCGAGUUUAGUGCAACAGCAGAAGGGACUGAAGUGACAGACUUCCCCUCUGUGGAGGAGGGUGUAUUGACCCAAUCAGAAAAUCAAGUAAAGGCACCCACCAGAAAUCUCUUAUGUUCUCCAUUGUUAGUCAUACAAGAUAGCUUUGCUUCUCCUGAUUUGCCUUUGCUGACAUGUCCGUCACAAGACCAAGAGUUUGGGUCUGACUCCUUAUUUCACCAAAGUGAACUAGGCUUUGCACCUCUGAGGGGAAUUCCUGAUAGAUCUGAAGACACUGAAUGGCUUUCUCGACCAUCAGAAGUUAGUGAAGCUUUAUUCCAGGCUACCUCAGAAGUAACUUCAGACUUAUCUAACAGUUGCUUUAGUGUAUCUCAGCACACACUUAGAGGUAGCACAGCUGUUGGAUCUCAGCGUUCUUUACAAGGGAAUAAUGAAGAGGCUAUUUCAUCUGGUACUGUUGAUGAACUGAAAACCCCCAACGUCUCUGAUAGUUAUGGUGCUCCUAGUUCAUAUAUGUCAUGGAAGACACAAAAAGAUACACAGCAGCCAGAAAUCAAUUUAACUGAUAAAGAUGAAGUUUCAAUUUCAACUUCAUCUGAUAUAACUGAUGGAAACAUAGACACUAAAAGAAGCAGCAAUUUUGAUGCUUCUUGUUCACAUUCACAGUACUGGACGCAGGGAGUUUUACAGCCGGAAGAAACAUAUUUAAUCAGCAAGGACCAUGAUUCUUUUUUCGAUUCAUGUGAAACAAUUGAUAAAAGUAAAAUUCCCCAGGAAAGUAACAAUUUUAGUGUUCCUUUUACCUGUGUGCCAUGGAACAACGAGGGAACUCCACACCAUCCAGAAACAUGUGUAAUCAGUAAGGACUGUGCUUCUUUUCCACACGAAGUUGCUCCUCAUGAUGAUAAAAUGUCAUUUUCUUUCUUGCGACGUUUGUUUGGAAGAAGAGGAAAAGGGGUUCCCUUGACGUCUGAUAGUGUUUGUUUAAGGGCUCCAGCUGAGAAUGAGGUGCAACAACAGAUGGAUUCUUUGGGGGAUUAUGAAAAAGAUGAAGAUGAUCUGCUGGAGGAAUUAUCUCAAUACUUUGAACAAACACAGACUAAAAACAAUUUAAUAUCUUCAGAGGUGCAACCCAGAUCUGCACAAAAGCAAUAUAUUGGGAAUGUUGUAGUUCCUGAUAAUACUGUAAAAGUUGCAGAAGCACAUAUACUCUCCAGAGGACGGGAUACCUCUAAGAUGGAGCCUUCUGCUGGUCUUCAUCAGACUGUUAAAUCCCAUUUGGAUGAGACAUCAGAACAACUGUAUUUUCAAGAGGAAGGAAAACAAAGGGCAACUUCUGUUUUUGGUGAGAAAAAUGUUGAUGCUACUGAAAAUGUAGCCUUUGAGGCAGUUAUUGCCUCUAUUGAGCCUUCCAAGAAAGAGAGUACAGUAAAUGAAAUCCAAACUGACAUCAAUAAAUCUUUAACAGAUGACAGCCAAGAGAGAGAACCAAAAUAUUCAGAUUUUUCCCCAUUAAAUUAUAAUGAUGAAAACUCUUUCUUUGAUGAGCUUAAACAUCCACGCUAUCAAUCUACUCCUGGGGUAUUUGAGCCAGAAACUUCAAAACCAUUGUUGCAUAAAAAAGAUGAUGAUGAUAGCUCCCUAUACCAGCAUCCAAAUUUAAAAUCACCCCCUUAUACUCCUCAGGAAAUGUUCAGUAAGCCACUUCCUGUUAUUACAGAGCUUAAGUCAUCUGCUGCUUUAAGUGAAAAAUCUUACAACCAGGCUGUUGGUCUUGGCAAAACACAGUCAGCUUUAUUUCAGUAUGAUAUAAACAAUGAACCAUUUCUUCCCGUUGGGAAGAUAAAGUCUGUUCCUGCACUUGGCCUUGCAGAGAAGGUAGGAUCUUCAGAUAUUAAUUAUUAUAUGAAAGUAUCAACUUCAGAUUCUUUGGUUUUACAAGAUUUAAAGCAGCCAACCUUUGAAGAAGUUGCAGAUUCCUCAAACUAUAAUUUGGGUAAGGAUGUUAACUCUAGUAAUGCCAUUGAAGGUCCACCCACAGCUGUAGGAAGCAGCUUUUCAGCAAACUUGGUGGCAUAUGGUGCAGAAUCACAAGGUGCUUUACCACUGACCAGUGAUGCAUCAAUUGCAUUUGGCCAAGAGACAUUGCUGAAAGCUGAUAUAGGCCAAGGUGAAAUUCCUCGGCUUGUGGGAGCUGUGUCCCAUUUUACUAUACAUACAAUUAUGCAAAAUGACUCCUAUUUUGUAGAGGGCCUGCAGGGGAAGACUGAGUCUGACGUCAUUACUCCGGCUGCUGCUGCUGAACGCUAUAGCCUUUAUGAAAAUGUUGUGGGCGGUGAGAGAGCUGAAGUACCAAGAAAGGCAGGUCUUUCUAAUCUGCGUGUUAAUCGGCCUUUUCCUUCAUUUGUUCCUCAUGAGCCAACCAGAGGGUCGGAAUAUCACUCUUCAACUCUUAGAAUGUUAAGGGUAUCUCCUGAUGCUCUGCCAAAGACUCUCCAACAUUUAACAGGAGAUACUACUAAAGGAGGCAUAGCUGAAAUUACUCAAUCCAAUUUGAAAUCAGGCAUCACUACCACUCCUGGAGAUUCAGACACUCUAUCACAUUUAUCCUUGUCCCCUGAGGACCUGUCUCAGUCAGCAGUAAGUUCUCCUCAAGACAAUACUAUUGGUCAACACACUGAUACUCUCAAGCAAAAGACAUUAGCAGAUACUCAUCUAACAGAAGAGACUCUGAAAGUCUCAGCUAUUCCUGAACCAACUGACCAGAAGACUAGGACACCAACAGUACCCUCUAGUUCCUACUCACAUAGGGGGAAGCCCAAUAUUUUCUACCGACAGGGCUUGCCAGAUAGUCAUCUAACUGAAGAGGCUCUGAAAGUUUUAGGUGUACCUGGACCAGCUGACCAGAAGACCGGGAUACCAACUAUAACCUCUACUUCUCACUCACAUAGAGGAAAGCCUGUUAUUUUCUACCAACAGGGUUUGACAGGUAGUCCAAUACCUGAAGAGGCUCUGAAAGUUUCUGCUGUUUCUGGACCAGCUGACCAGAAGACUCGGAUAGCACCAGUACCCUCUACUCCCUACUCACAUAGAGAGAGGCCCGGUACUUUUUACCAACAAGAGCUGCUGGACAUUAAGCAGACUGAAGAGGCUCCCAAGAUCUGCCUGGGAGUAGAGGGUACUGGUGCUGUCCGGGUCUUCUGGUCAGCUGGUCAGAACUGCAAGAAACUUUCAAUAGAUAGUCAUCUACCCAAAGAGGAUCAGAAAGUUUUAGCUGCACCUGGACCUGCUGACCAUAAAACUGGCAUACCACCAACUGUAAUCUCUACUUCCUACUCAGAUAGAGAGAAGCCUGGCAUUUUCUACCAGCAGGCCUUAGCAGGUAGUCAUAUACCUGAAGAGGCUCUGAGAGUUUCAUUUGUUCCUGGACCAGUAGACCAGACAACUGGCAUAGCAACUGUAACCUCUACUUCCAAAUCACAACAUAGAGAAAAGCCAGGUGUUUUCUACCAGCAGGACUUACCAGGUAGUCAUCUAGCUGAAGAGGCUCAAAAAGUUUUAGUUGUUUCUGGACCAGCUGACCAGACGAGUGGCAUACCAACUGUAACCUCUACUUCCUACUCACAUAGAGAGAAGCCUGGCAUUUUCUAUCAACAGGUCUUGCCAGGUAGUCAUAUACCUAAAGAGACUCUGAGAGUUCCAUUUGCUCCUAGUCCAGCUGACCAGAAGACUGGCAGACCAACUGUAACCUCUGCUUCCAACUUACAUAGAGAGAAGCCCAUUAUUUUCUAUCAAGAAGCCUUGCCAGAUACUCACCUACCUGAAAAGGCUCAGAAAGUUUCACCUUCUCUUGGAUCAGCUGACCAGAAGACUGACAUACCAACUGCAGCCUCUCCUUCCUACUCACCAAUAGAGAAGCCCAUUAUUUUUUAUCAACAGACUUUGUCGGAUAGUCAUCCAACUGAAGAAGCUCAGAAAGUUUCAUUUGUUUCUGGACCUGCUGACCAGAAGACUGGCAUACCAACUGUAACUUCUACUCCCUACCCACAGAGAGAGAAGCUUGGUAUUUUCUACCAGCAGGGCUUGCCAGGUAGUCAUCUAACUGAGGAAGCUCUGAAAGUUUCCGCUGUUCCUGAAUCAACUGACCAGAAGACUGGCACACCUACAGUAUCCCCCACUUCCUACUCACUUGGAGAUAAGUCCAUAAUUUUUUACCCGCAGGUCUUGCCAGACAGUCAUCUAACUGAAGAAGCUCUGAAAGUUUCAGUUGUUUCUGGACCAGCUGACCAGAAGACUGGAAUACCAACAGUAUCCCCAGUUUCCUAUUCACUUGGAGAGAAACCCAUUAUUUUCUAUCAGCAGACCCUGUCAGAUAGUCAGCUAUCUAAAGAAAGUCUGAAAGUUUUAGGUGUUGCGGGACCAGUUGACCAGAAGACUGGGAUACCUCCUGUAACGUAUUCUUCCUACUCACAGAGAGAGAAGCCUAUUAUUUCUUACCAACAGGAGUUGCCAGAUAGUCUUCUCACCAAAAAGGCUCUGAAAGUUUCAAAUGUUCCUGAACCAGCUGGCCAGAAAACUGGAAUACCAACAGUAACCUCUACUUCCUACUCACAUAGAGAGAGGCCUGGUGUCUCUUACCAGCAAGACUUGCCUGAAUUUGAUGAAGAAGCUUUAAUACUUUCAGGCAUUGCUUCAGGAGUUGACCAGAGAAAUGUUAUACGAAUAGUGCCCUCUGGUUCCUACUCACAUAAUGGGAAGCCCAUUAUUUCUUACCAGCAAGAGUUGCCAAAUUAUACUGAAGAAGCUUUGAAAGUUUUAGUAGUUCCUGGAACAGCUGACCAGAAGACUGGCAUACAAAUAGUGCCUUCUACUUCCUACUCACAGGGAGAACAGUCUAUCAUUUAUCAGCAGGAGUUGCCAGAUCUUACUGAAGUAGCUUUGAAAUCAUUUGGGGUUUCUGGACCUGCUGACCAGAAGACUGAGAUACAAAAAGCAUCCUCUAGUUCCUACUCACAUAGAGAGAAGCCCAGUAUUUACCCUCAACAGGAGUUUCCAGAUAGUCAUCUUACUGAUGAAGCUUUGAAAGCUUCAGCUGUUUUUGUACCAGCAGAGCAGGACACUGGGAUACCAACAGGAAUUCCUAAUUACUACUCACCUCAAGAGAAACUCAAGAUUUCAGCUGUGAAUGCACUGGACGUCCAGAAAACUGAGUUGCCAACAACUACCCCUAGCUCCUACUCAUAUGAAGAGACGCCCAGGAUUUCAACUGUGAUUGGACCAGAUGACCAGAAGACUCCGUUACUGACAGUUUUUCGUAGCCCCUAUUCUCAAAGAGUAAAGCCUGCUAUUUUAUUACAACAGCAGUUGCCAGAUGGAGAUCAAAGUGAAAGUAUUCUAAAGAUUUCAACUGUCCCUGAACCAACUGAUGUGAAACCAGUACCUCUCCCAGCUGGGAAACCAGUACCUCUCUCUAGUUCUUCUUUUCAGAGAGAGAAGCCUACUAUUUUCUAUCCACAGGAAUUGCCAGACACACAUCUAACUGAAGAUACUCUGAAGCUUUCAACAGUUCCUGGAUCAGCUGACCAGAAAACGGUAUUACCAGUGGUUUCUCCUAGUUCCUUUUCACUCAGAGAGAAAUCGAAUAUUUUCUAUCAAAAGGAUUUGCCAGAUAGACAUGUAACUGAAGAUGCUCUGAAGUUCUCAGGUGGUCCUGGGCAAGCUGAUCAAAUUACUGGGUUGCAAACAGUUCCCUCUGAUGCUUAUUCAGAUGGUGAGAAGCACAAACUUGUUUCAAAGCAUGUCCAAAGGCAAAUAAAUAAUUUGAAUUCUUCUGACUCCAGUGUUAGCUCAAACAAUAUGCCUUUAAAUUCUCAGGCUGAUGGUAAAGUUGUAAUAAAUAAACCAGAAUCUGCAGGUCUUGUAGAUGUUGGCUCUGAGGAAAUCCGGGAUGCAGAAAAUAGUUCCAAAACUCUUAAAGAAAUUCAGACACUUUUAAUGGAGGCAGAAAAUAUAGCACUGAAACGAUGCAAUUUUCCUGCUCCCCUUGUCCCUUUCAGAGACGUUGGUGAUAUUUCAUUUGUACAAUCUAAGAAGGUGGUUUGCUUCAAAGAACCCUCCAUGACUGAUGUGUGUAAUGGUGAUUUGCUUCAGAGACAGCCAUACACAGAAGAAAGCCCAAACAACAGGUGCAUGCAGAAGGAUAUUGGCACGCAGACAAAUUUGAAAUGCCAGAAAGGCAUUGAAAAUUGGGAGUUUAUUAGUGCGACUACAGUUAGAAGUCCUCUACAGGAAGCAGAAUGCAAAGCCAGUAUGGCAUUAGAAGAAACCCUUAGGAAAUAUGAAGCAGCCAAAUCUGUGAUGAGGUCUGAACCUGAAGGGUAUAAUAGAACUAUUGGGAAUAAAAUUAUUAUCCCUAUGAUGACCAUCAUAAAAAGUGAUUCAAGUAGUGAUAUAAGUGAUGGAAAUGGUUCCUACUCAUGGGACAGUAAUUUACCAGAGUCUUUGGAAUCAGUUUCCGAUGUUCUUCUAAACUUCUUUCCAUAUGUUACACCGAAGACAAGCAUAACAGAUAGCAGAGAGGAAGAGGGUAUGUCAGAGAGUGAGGAUGGUGGUGGUAGCAGUAUAGAUUCACUGGCUGGACAUGUGAAAAACCUUCUGAAAUGUGAAUCCUCAUUGAAUCAUGCUAAACAAAUACUCAGAAAUGCAGAGGAAGAGGAAUGUCGGGUACGAGCACGAGCCUGGAAUAUGAAGUUUAAUUUGGCACAUGAUUAUGGAUACUCCAUUUCAGAAUUAAAUGAAGAUGACAGGAGAAAAGUAGAAGAGAUCAAGUCAAAAUUGUUUGGUCAUGGGAGAACAACUGACUUAUCCAAGGAUUUACAGAGUCCACGGGGAAUAGGAUGCAAGCCAGAAGCUGUAUGUAGUCACAUUAUUAUUGAGAGCCAUGAAAAAGGAUGUUUCAGGACUCUAACUGCUGCUGAACAAUCACAAUUGGACAGCCACACUUGUGUUUUCAGAUCUUCUGACCCCUCAGAGAUGAUCAGAGGACGGCGGAGCCCAUCAUCAUGGAAAGAUGGGCACAUCAACCUUUCUACAUCCCUAGACCAGAACAACCCCCAUCUCAAAGUUUGGAAUUCCGUACAGUUACAAAGUCAUUCCCCAUUCCAAGAGUUUGUAUCUGAUGACUUCAAAAUUAGCAAGGGUCUUCGAAUGCCAUUCCAUGAAAAGAUGAAUGCUUUUGUGCCACCUAAAGAAGUAGAUUUUCAUUCUUCAUCACAAAUGCCGCCCCCAGAACCCACGAAAAAGUUUACUACCUCCAUCACUUUUUCAUCUCACCGACAUUCUAAAUGCAUUUCAGAUUCCUCUAUGUUAAAGGUUGGUGUUUCUGAAGGUAGCCAGUGUACUGGAGCAUCUGUGGGGGUAUUUAAUUCUCAUUUCACUGAAGAGCAAAAUCCUCCUAGAGAUCUAAGUCAGAAAACCUCUUCCCCAUCAUCAUUUAAAACACAUAGUCAUUCAUCAGAUAAAGAUGUGACUAUUUUAGCAGAAGGUAGUAGGAAAAGCCAAAAAUUACCUGUUAAUUUUAAGCAUUCUCAUAAAGAAGAAAAAUGCUUAGAAAGAUCAGAUUUUAAAGGCAGUCAUUCUGAACCCAGUGCCAGUGCAAAUUGUAGCAAUUUUAAGGAAGUUCAGUUUUCUGAUAACCAUACCCUCAUUAGCAUGGGCAGACCAAGUUCCACCCUAGGAGUAAAACAGAAGAAUGUAACUAUAACUCCAGAUAUUCCUUCUUCCAUUUUUCUUGAACAACGAGAGCUCUUUGAACAAAGCAGAGCCCCACAUGCAGAUCACCAUGUGAGGAAACAGCAUUCUCCCCCUCAAUGUCAGGAUUAUGUAGGUGCCAGCUUCCUUUCUCCCAUUUUUCUUGAACAGCGUCAAAGCAAAGCCCCAUGUAUAGAUAACUACAUGAAAAAACACCAUUUCCCCUUUCCUCAAGGUCAGGAUUCUGUAGUAGAAAAGAAUGAUCAACAUAAGCCUAAAUCACAUGCUUCAAAUAUGAUAAGUGUUGAAGCCAAGUUCAGUAAUGUCUCUCAGUCACCCCCAGAUUACUGUACAUUAGAAACAUCUGCAUCUACUCCACCUUCAAAUAGAAAAGCACUUUCUUGUGUUCGUAUAACUCUUUGUCCCAAGACUCCUUCCAAAUUGGAUAGUGGAACCUUAGAUAAAAGAUUUCAUUCAUUGGAUGCUGCUUCUAAAACAAGGAUGAAUAGUGAGUUUAACUUUGACCUACAACCUAUAUCUUCGAGAUCAUUGGAACCAACCUCCAAAUUAUUGACCAGUAAACCUAUAGCACAGGAUCAAGAAUGUUUAGGUUUUCUAGGACAUAAAUCUACAUUGGACUUUCAAGUCGUACAGUCUUCUCUUCCAGAUAGUAAUACUGUUACUCAGGACUUGAAAACCAUACCUUCUCAGAAUAGACAGAUAGUAACCUCAAGGCAAACACAAGUGAACAUUUCAGAUUUGGAAGGAUAUUCCAAUCCAGAGGGGACUCCGAUAUCUGCAGAUCGAUCGUCACAGAAAAUUAAGACCCCAUGUUCUGCCUUCCCUGGAAAAUUGUCAUCUGAUGCAGUCACUCAGAUAACAACAGAAAGUCCAGAAAAGGCCAUAUUUUCAUCUCAGAUUUUUAUUAAUGCUGAAGAUCGUGGACGUGAAAUUCCAGAGUCUAGUUCCCAGAAGCUAAACAAAGCUCCUAUAAAGUUUGCUUCCUCAUCUGCAGUUCAACACCUUACUUUUCCUCGUGGCACAGAUGGUCAGCCUUUAUUAUUGCCAUAUAAGCCUUCUGGUAGUACGAAGAUGUACUAUGUUCCACAAUUAGGAAAAAUUCCCCCAUCUAUGGAUUCCACAUCAGACACCACCAUUGAGAGCUCACAUUCAGGAUCCAACGAUGCCAUUGCACCAGACUUCCCAGCUCAGGUGCUAGGCACGAGGGAUGAUGACCUCUCAGCCACUGUGAACAUUAAACAUAAAGAAGGGAUCUACAGUAAGAGAGCAACGAGUAAGGCAUUCUUGCCAGUAGGGAAAAAACCCUUGCAGAAAGAUAAUGCAGAUGCUUCAGUUCAAGUAGCUAUUAUUGGUGAUGAAGACCUCUCAAACAAAAAACAGAAAGAAGAAAUCAUUAGUACAAGUGAAGUGACUAAAGUUGCCCAGCCUGAAGAAAAAGAAUCCUUGCAGAAAGACACUGCAGAUUCCAGUGAUGUUACUGCUGCAGAGCACUCAGCUCAAGUACAAGACACAAAGAUUAAAGACCUACCAGACACUAAAGCCAUUAAACAGAAAGAGAAGAUCCAUAGUAAGACGACAGUUCCUAUGCAAGCCUGGCCAGAAGAUGAAAAAUCCUUACAGAUAGAUAUUGAAGAGGCCGAAUGUCGUUCAGAAUUUGAAAAUACUACUCAUUCUGUCUUCAGGUCAGCCAAGUUUUACAUUCAUCAUCCAGUGCACCCACCCAGUGAUCAAGAUGGCCAAGAAUCUUUGGGAAGGAGUGUUUUCGUGAGGCAUUCUUGGAAAGAUUUCUUUCAGCAUCAUCCGGGCAAACAUAGAGAACACGCUCGUCUUCCCUCUUUUGAAAAUGCGGACAAGACUAAAACGGAUCAUGCCAGAAUAAAGAGCCUCAGCAUCAAUGUGAACUUGGCAAACAAAGAAGUAGUGCAUACUCCUAAAAGUCAGGGUAAAGAUCAUCCACAACAUAACAGACAAAUCAGUGAUCCAAAAAAGGAUCAUAAGGUCACCCCAGAGCUAAAAACUCCGCACACUGUGUGUUUAAAUGAACUCUGGAACAAGUAUAAGGAGCGACAGAGGCAACAAAAACCAUCUGAGUUGAGUGACAAGAAAGAAUUAUCCUUGGUGGAGCGACUUGAUCGUUUGGCUAAAAUUCUUCAAAAUCCCAUCACAUAUUCUCUCCAGGCCUCAGAAAGUACACAGGAUGAUAGCAGAGGGGAACGAGGUGCUAAAGAGUGGAGUAGUAGACAACAGCAGAGACACAAGCUUCUGAAAAAGAAGCGGUAUAAAAGCUUAGAGAAAAGCCGUAAAAACACAGGAGAUCUUAAAAAAAAUAAGGUGCUUUCCACUCAUCAAGCUGGGAGAUCCAAUCAGAUUAAAAUUGAACAGAUUAAAUUUGAUAAGUACAUUCUGAGAAAACAGCCAAAUUUUAAUUAUAUAAGCAACACUUCAUCAGAUUCUAGGCCCUCGGAGGAGAGUGAGCUGCUCACAGAUACUCCUACCAACAUCCUUUCCACCACUUCUGUGGAAUCAGAUGUAUUAACCCAAACAGAUGGAGAGGUAGCUUUGCAUGAAAGGAGUAGCUCUAUUUCUACCAUUGACACCGCCCGAUUAAUCCAAGCUUUUGGCCAUGACAGAGUAUGUUUAUCACCCAGGCGAAUUAAAUUAUAUAGCAGUGUCACCAAUCAACAGAGGAGAUACCUUGAGAGGCGGAGCAAGCACAACAUUAAAGCAUUGAAUACAGGCCAUCCUCUAAUGACUUCUGAGCACACCAGGAGACACAUCCAGGUAGCAAAGCGUGUGAUCUCUUCUGACUCUAUUUCAUCCUCUGCCAAUAGCUUCUUGAGCUCCAACUCUACUAUGUGCAAUAAGCAAAAUGUGCGCAUGUUAAACAAGGCUAUACAAGCAGGUAACUUGGAGAUUGUGAAUGGCACCAAAAAACACACUCGAGAUGUUGGGCUGACUUUCCCAACUCCAAGUUCUAGCAAGGCUAGAUUAGAAGAGGACAGUGAUAUGACUUCUUGGUCAGAAGAAAAAAUUGAAGAGAAAGUUCUCUUUACCAGUUAUCCUGAGGACAAAAAGUUAAAGAAGAACAAGCAGAUUUCCUAUGAAGGAGUUUCAUGGUUUGUUCCUGUGGAAAAUAUGAAGUCUGGAUCUAAGAAGGAAAACGUGCCCGAGAUUUUUGGCCCUGGUAUCUCCUGGUUUGAACCAAUAACCAAAACCAAACCCUGGAGGGAGCCACUGCGGGAGCAGAACUGGCAGGGACAGCGCAUGGACUGUCCGGAGUCACUGGCAGACCCGGGCAAAGAACCCCCGAAGCCAUUCGUGAGAGCAACCCUGCAGGAAGCACUUCAGCUUCACAGACCUGACUUCAUCUCGCGCUCUGGGGAGCGGAUAAAGCGCCUGAAGUUAAUAGUCCAGGAGAGGAAGCUGCAGAACAUUUUGCAGAACGAGCGAGAAGAGCUGUUCAACUCUGAGAGACUAUGGCCGGGCUCCCGGAAUCCUGUGCACCGGCUGCCCAAAAGAGUCUUCCUGGCUGUCCAGAAGAACAGGCCUAUCGGGAGGAAGGAAAUGAUUCAGAGGUCUAAACGGAUUUACGAGCAGCUCCCAGAAGUACGGAAAAGGAGAGAAGAAGAGAAGAGGAGAUCAGAAUAUAAGUCAUACCGACUGCGAGCCCAGCUAUAUAAAACGAAAGUGACCAAUCAACUCUUGGGGAGAAAAGUUCCCUGGGACUGACAUAAGAAUAUUUUCCUCAGAGCCUUGGAAUUCUAUUUUAUGAACCUGGAGAAGCACAGUUCUUACUUCUAUGAGUCUGGUUUAAUAAAGCUUACUCUUUGUCCAUGUGUAAUUUAGAAAUAGUAACUUUAAAGGAGUCUGGGUCAGAGUGGUGAUUAAAAUUACUGAUGGUUUGGGAGCAAUACUUUCUCCAUAGUGGCCUUGCUAUGUGUUACAGUGGUAUUUUCUCUUCAUUUAGCCAAGAGCAAGUUUCUUUUGUAUGUGUUUUUUAUACUUUUAGAAAAUAAAUAACUUUUGAUU